AUGUUUCGUGGCGAUCCCUUUGCAACGGGUGUGCAUUUGGGAGAUCUGAUACGUUCUGAGAAAUACGACUACGUCUACCAGGAGGAGCUUGCCAAGGCACCCGACAAGGGCCACAUCGUGCCUGGAGAUGGGGGCAACACGGGCUUCUUCUAUUCAACUCCGCGGCACAACAAGAAAGUUGUGGCAUUCUUCGCCGCAGUCGUCGCAGAGGUCGACCGGCAGCGCGAGGAAUCUUACCGGAAGCAUGGGGAGCGUUUAGGAGCAGACCAGCCAAUCUUUUGGCAGGUCGUCCAGCUUCUGCGUUCGACAGGUGGCAAAGUUGGACCGGGCGGUUUCAAAUGUGUGAAGCUGUGCCAGCAGAACCCGACCUGCCAAGCUCCCUUGGAAGACACUUUGCAGUACUGCUCCAUGAAUGCCUUCAUGCACCCCACCGGCUGGGAGGAACCACCGCCGGAGCGUGUCACCUACCACGCGAACUAUGCUGCCAACAACGACAAGAUCGCAAAGCUAGAGAAAGCAGGGCUUUGGGGUGCUUGGUCAGAGAAAGCUGGGCGUUGCCAUGCUGCCAAUCCUUCAACCUCCCAGCUGGCAUCUUCGCCUUCGCCACCGCGGUCGGCUCCUGACAUGUCCCCGGCGCUAGACUGCCUGCGGCGCACUACACCUUCACUUCAAGAGCUGCAAUAUCCCAGUGACGCUGAGUCUCACUUCCAGGAGAUACGACAGGCACUAGGACAAUGGUUUGACUUCGCGGCGAAGAAGUUCAUGGCAGACAUGAAGAAUCCGUACCACUGUGGUGAAGGCUACUGCGGGCCGUGGAUCGAAAAUCGUUGGAUUUCGCACUUUCUUGAAGGUUGGGACAAGCGGCAAGCAGGCAUGCAGCUGUCCGACAUGUUCGGGCCGUACAUUCCCAUCUUCAUGACCUAUGUGGACCUGUGGGUUGCAAACGUCUUUGAGUAUGAAGCGAUGAUAGCAAAGCUGAAGGAGGUGGUGAGGCCGAGUGUCGCCUACAUCACGGUGGUGCAGCAUGAUACUGGCAUGGUAUCAAGCAGAGACAAGAUUGUCAACCUCAUGAAGGAGAUUCCAAAUGUCCUCGUGCUGAGUGCGGGUGGCUAUGGCCACGUUCCGAUUCCACUCUUCAAGCAGCCAGAGGAACUGCUUGGCAAGCGCUUCUUCAAGAGUAUGGCCAGCAGAGAGCUGCUGACAUCAUACAUGGGUUCGGACACGAACGCGCCCAAGGACAUGCGGAAGAAAAUGAUCAAGUUGGUCAACAAAGAAGCAGAGCUGAUGGGUGUGAAGGUGAAGACUGGCUUCAGCAGCGCUGACGAGUGGCACCAGACCGCCGGCAACUCCAAGGUCAGCCUCUGCCCGCGAGGCUAUGGCCGGACGGCCUUCCAUCUCUUCGAGAUCUUACAGCUUGGGCUCAUUCCGAUCCACGUUUAUCUCGACAUUCCGUGGAUACCCUACGCAGACCUGUACACCGGCAUCGGCUUCUCCACAGAUGUGAAGGGACUUCCGCAUGUCAUGAAGACCGUGCAGGGUAUGAGUGCUGAGACGCUUGAGAGCAUGGAGGCGAAGAUUCGAUCAUUGAGGUCAAGCCACUUCACUGACGAAGGGCUGCUGACUCAAAUAUCGCAUCAGCCUCAGCUAGGUGCUUUUGCCGACGCCUUUCUGUGCAUCACAGUGGCGCUGGGUCGCAUCUUCCUCGCCGUGGCCAUGGCCGGUGCCCUCUUUGGCGUCUUCUGCGGCUUGGGCUACAAACAGCCCCUGUCAGAUGCCGAGUCACCCUAUGGCCUCCUCGAUGACAUCAGGUUUUUGUCCAGCUUCGGCUUGGGUGUGGGGAUCUGCUGCUGGGCCGACAGUGGGAAGGCUCUCUCGCCGCAGCAGUGUAUCGCCUCACAGAUUGGCUUCAUGCUGUCAGGCCAUUUGCAACCCGUCUGCGUCGCAGUGAGUUGCAGGACUGAGUGGAGAAGGUGCUUGAGGGAGGACAGCCUUCUUGAGAUUGGAAUCAGCAGCGAGACCUUUGCAUGCCUCAUGCUGGAGAAGUGGCGUGGGUUCGUACGGGACCCCCUCUUCCUCAGAGGCAUGCAGGAUGAUCUAGGAGAUCGAACUCACGUGUCAGGCAACUCGGAUGACGGACGUUUCGCCCACCAUGUGGUCUUCAGACGUGCGCAAACAACAAAUUGCGAAGAAGCACUGCGAGCGGCAAGAGCCAUGGAAGCCGUACGGCUGGAGGAUGCCAGUAAGCCCGUAACUCAGCAUUUCCGAGGGUUUCUAGGGUCCGGCAGCUGCAGAUCACUCCGACAAAGACAGCGAUUUUACUUCGAGGCUUUCAACCAGGCAAUUCGAGCGUAA